ACACAGAUCAUCUUUCGACUGGCACGUUUCUCUCAGAUGCUAAUUUCAUUGGUUCAAUAAGCGUGAUUCUCCGUCACUCGUGAAAGAACCCAAAUAGGGCCCCAGUUGUUCCCCUCGUCACGGUACGGGGCGCUCACAGCAUGUCAACAGCGACACAAGUUGUACAUUUCACCUCAGGAGAUAGGCAUGCGGCUGUAGACGGAAGAGGAGACAACUCUAAAUUCGCACUAAUCACCUGCAUGGGCAAUUGAUGCUGAAGUGAUUUAAACACGACAACAUGCUAUUAGCAGCUUUCUCCGAGUUGUCCCAGAUGUAUCAAUGUGCCAUCAUCGGCAUCACGGCCGGAUUGUUCACCCUGUGGUGGACCCGUCCUUUCCCACGACUACCCCCGGGGCCCAGGGGCCUUCCGUUACUCGGCAGUCUUCUAGAUUUAAAGGAUGAUACAGUCGAGACGCUGUAUGACUGGGGAAGAUAUUUUGGACCCUAUAUGACUGUUUACAAAGGUCGUGUUGCCACCAUGUAUCUGAACACCAGAGAGGCCGUGGAUGAAACAUUCGUCAAACAACAGUCUGCAUUCACAGCCCGUCCACAGCCUCACUCAGUUGCAGCGAUGACCUGUGGCCAGAAGGGCAUCCAGUUCUCGGACUACACGCCGACACUCAAGCACCAGCGGAAGGUGAUGAGUAUGGCACUAAGGUCCUACACGUUCUUGUCUGGCUUCCACCUGGAGGACAAGAUUCACCAGUCUGUCUCCAAGGUGAUAGAGCUGCUGAAGACGGAGAAGACGGCGGUUGAUCCUCUGCCCUACCUCGCCCUCAUCGACGCGAACAUCAUGUGUGGCGUCUGCUUCGACAAGACGCAUGACGUAGGAAGUAAUGACUUCCGAAAGUUUAUGGCGCUCUUGGACGACUACAGCAAGCUGACAGAAUCUUUCUUCUGGGAGGAUAUCGUCCCGCCUCUGAAGUGGCUGCCGACGCCAAGAUUUAAUAACAUGCUCACGACUGUCAAGCGAUUAAAGAAAUACAUUGAAAAGAGAGUCGAGAUUCACAAAGAAACAUUUAACCCAGAGAACAUACGGGAUGUGUUAGAUGCCAUCUUGUUGUCUCAACUUGAAGAUGAGGAAGAGGAAGUGGAGGUAUCUCAGCGUCUAACAGAUGAUCACGUGGUGCAUACCAUACUCGAUAUGUUCAAUGCCGGUAACGACCCUGUCCGACUGACGUUGUCGUGGACGCUGCUGUAUCUGGCUGUCCACCAAGACAUUCAGGAGAAGGUCCACCAGGAACUGGACGAGGUGCUAGAGUCGAGAUGUAUGGCUAACGUUGUUGACCGCCCCUACCUGAGCUACCUUCAAGCUGUGAUAUACGAAAGCAUGAGACUCAGCACUGUUGUCCCUUUCGGACUACCCCACAGGGCAAUAAAGGACGCUAAAAUAGGACCCUACGACGUUCCCAAGAACUCCAACGUUCUGAUAAACCAUUGGGCUAUUCACCACGACCCAGACCACUGGGAGGACCCUGCAACCUUCAAACCAGAACGGUUCCUUACAGAGGAGGGGAAGGUGAAGACAACCAUCACACACUUUCUACCCUUCUCUGUUGGACGCAGAGCGUGCUUAGGGGAGUACUUGGCCAAGCCAGAGCUGCAUCUCAUCCUGGCCGGACUCCUGAAGAACUUCCACAUAUCCCCAGAAGAUGGCGUUGAACCAAGUCUGGAGCCAAACUUCAAGGCAGAGAAAAACAGGCCGAGAGACUAUAAACUUAUAUUCAAAGUCAGAUCCUAACAUUGAUCCAUUGACGUUGUCACCACGCAGAUAUCAUUCAUAUCUUUAUAUGUUAUGCACUUGAUUGAUUUCAUACAUGACAUGUUGUAUAUUUAUUCUCGAGCCCAUAGUAUUAAAAGGAAUAAAGAAAUUGUAAA